GUACGUUCGUCGUUCACCGGUAGUUGACGAUUGCGCACCAAGUCCGCCGCUUUGGUUCGCGAAGGACGCGUGCCCGAUUAAAAUUCGUCCUUUCGGGCUCGCCGAGUUUCGUCAUGAGAUCCUGCCCUGGCCGAUGAAUGGUGCACGAUGUCCUUUCUGGCCCGUGGGGCCGAGCUCUGAUCAUCGUGGUGGCAGCGUUGGCCGUCGUCGUCUUGUUGCUCGUGAUCGCCUGUUUCCUCGUACCAGGAUGCCUUGGAUACAAAUGCAUCAGAGGACGAAAGAGAGAAGCGAAAAGUGUGCCGUCGUUGCGCGUCAAGAGCAAACAGAAUGAGAACGUCAAGUUGAACGAUGUCAGCUACAGAUCGUGGAGAUUGGGCAGCUUGUACGAGGGCAGCAGCAAUGGCACGAUCGACGAAAACGCAAGCCCGCUCGAGGGGAAUUCUUGGAAUUCCAACAACGUUCAUUUCGGUUGUGCCGAUACCUCGUCCACUCUGAAUUUGGUGGAGAGAGGAACAGCAGACAAGCAGAAACAAAAGGACAGGAAACAAAGUAAUUUCCCGACGGAACUGACGAUAAGCUUGCAGUACCUGCCGCCAUGUGACGAGACUAUCACCGGGAAGCUCGUUAUCGGUAUCGAGGCGUUAUCCGGCCUUCCGCCGAAGCAAUACAACUGCACCUUAGAGCCGUACGUGGCUCUAAACAUAACGAAACAAUCGUGGAGCCAGAGGAAACGGGAGAAGUUACACAGUUUUCGAACGAGGAGUGUCAGGCAUACCGCGAGUCCUGUUUUUAAGGAGACGUUCGUCGUGGCGAACGUGAAGCCUCACGAAGUUAAGGAAUGGAUUCUCGACUUUGCGGCGUAUGAUCGCGACAGAUACGCCAACGACACGGAAUUGAGCUCGUUCAAGGUGUCGUUGAAAGAGGCGAAGCACGUUCUACAAAGCCCGGAAAUUCAUAUGUUCAACUUCAGAAUGAAGCCGUCCAAUUUGGAGUUUGGGAAUAUUUUAUUAGCCAUAAGUUAUUUACCGACAGCGCAGAGACUGACUAUAAACGUGAUGAAAGUGCGCGACGUCAAGUAUACGCCAACAGUGUCGAAUUUGAAGGACUUUAGUUUUUACGUCAGGGUACUAAUGCUCAAUGGCAGAACAGGGCAGCGAAUGAAAAAGAAGAAGACGAAAUUCGUCAGCGCGAGCUCGCAGCCGGAAUUUAACGAGACUUUGACGUUCGACGUGUCGUACAAUCAAUUGGACAUAGUUCAGUUCCUCGUGAUACUGUGCAGCAGAGCCGCGCCUGUUGAGGUUGCUGCGAGCAACAUGGAGCAUGCGAGUGACAGCGAGGAUUCGGUGACGUCGGCCCAAAAAUGGAAAGACAUUUCUAUCGGUAAAGUGGCGCUUGGCAAGGGAGUCAGAGGCUCAACAGAAAGGUUACAUUGGUUCUCUAUACUUCAAAACCCCAGAAAGUUAGUUACCGUGUGGCACGUGUUGAAGUAAUCAGUGAACGUUGCUUGUGCCUCAAGUGAUGAACGAGGAAGACUAACAAGGAACUGUACAAGGUGGAUAAUCCAACGUUAUUGCUCAAAUUUUCUGACGAGUGAUGCGUCCGGUGACGUCGCUUCAUUGAAAGAAAUUUGACAAGGAUAAACAGAAAUAUUUAUCUUCAAAUAGAAUUUAACGAAGGAAAUAGAACGUAUCGCGUAGUUAAAAAAAUUUAGAUAGAAUAAAUAUUUCUAUAUGUAAAUGUUUCUUCCAGAUCGAAGACAAAGAACAAUUGCGUUAGGUAGUGUUAAGGAUUGAACAGUGCCAUACAGUACUUAUUGUUAGACGACUAAAGUUUCCGAGGAUACAAAUUUGUGCCGAAAAGUAAGACCGUCAAUUCGAUAGGUUUACUCAAAAGUACCUGAGUUACGAAUCUUUCAUUUCUUUUCUUUCUUCUUUUUCUUUGAAGUGUAAAUUCUCAACGUUCAACAUCGCGCGCUUAUGCCAAAAUAUGCACAAAAAUAUUAAUUUUUAACAAGUGUUCAUAGGUAUAGAAUACUUUGGGCAAUAACGUUGUAUUAUAUUUCUAUAUGUAUUUUAUAAUUUAACGAUGUACAUGUACGUGUGAAAGCGCAACCAAAGAUCAUCAAGAUUGUAAAUGUUAUAGAUAUUUGUGGUAUUUUAUCAAUGUAUCGAUCUUAUUUAAAACAUGACGAAAUAAAUAAUAUACAUUAUAUCGUUAACCAUUA